CAUGUGCAGAGCUGAAGCACACCAACUUUAUUCAAGAAAACCCAUAUUUGAUUCACUUGGUGUUCAACUAUUUGCAGUUCUUCAUGAAGACAUAGAAUCAGAGGUAAAAGAUUUUUGGCCUAGAUACUGGGGAGGUGUUGUACUUCUGGAUCGAAGCAGGGACUUAUAUAAAGCUCUUGGAGGUGGAAAACUUCUGAAGGAGAAGUUUAUAUCAGGAUUUUUGUUGAAUCCUAGAGCAAUUUCCAACUACAAGCGUUCAAAAAAAAGGAACAUUAUUGAGUACAAUUUUAAAGGUGAAGGUGAAAUAAAAGGAGGACUAUUUAUAAUAGGGAGUGGAAAAAGUGGCAUUGCUUAUCAGUUUAUUGAGAGAAAUUUUGGUGAUUGGGCUCCACUACCUGAAGUAAUUGAGAUAUGUAGUCAAAUGCAAAAGAACCAACAACAAGUUCAAAGAGAGUUUGUGCUUCAUUGA